CUUUCUCUCCCUCCCUCCCUCCCCACCCUCCCUCACCCUCUCUCCGUCCAUCCCGCUCCCCCACAAAACCCUAGAGCACCUACCUUUCCCCACCACCAGUUCACAAAUUCCGACCGGAGCCGCCAGCCGUCCUACCCUGGAAGCUCGCCCCUCGCCCCGCCACGGCGCGAUCUACUCCCCGGCGGUCCCGACGUCCCUCGCCGUGGACCGGACAGGCAGCGGCGCCAGGCGAUUCCUCUCUCCUCCCAGGCUUUCAACUUUGAUGCUAUCUUUCUGUUGAGAUGAGUAUUCAGAGCUUGAUCCAAGACACAACGUACUUCGGCGUUUGAGGCGGUCUACCCAGCUAGCUUUCUGACGUCGUAUUCAGACUUCUGCAUGAUCCAAUAUGCCUGCUCCGGUGUUUGAGGUGCUCCAUUCUGUUGCAAGAUCGUCGUUGGCCUGACCUGCAGGAAGGGUGUGCUGUGCUGUGCUGUGCAAGUUGCAAAUGGAAGUGGCUGCAGGAGAGGAGAGUGAUGGAGGUGGUGGUACGGGUAGUAAUCCUCCUGGAGGAGCCACUGCUGCACCAGCGGAACUACUGAAGCGUCUGGAUGCAGUAGUUGCUGAAACUGGUGGCACAUCAGCAGAUGAGCAGCCAUGCGAGCAUUUCUCCAUAAGAGGGUUUGUGGCUCUUCGGAAGAUGGAUGCAAAGUUUUGCUCUCUGUCUCAGAUUUUUAGUGGUCAGCAACAGUUUGACGAACGCCAUAACAGUUCAUACCCUUUUUUGGUGUCAAUGUUUCGACGAUGGGAUUGCUCAAAGUGCAUGGGCAAGACCAAACUCUCAGAUGAUGUGACAUCUAGAACUGUUUCUAUGGGGAAGAAUGUCUCAAGGGACGGUUGCUCCAUUAGAUUUGUUCGGAGUACUAAAGUGCCUAUUAGUGUUGAUUUCAAAAGCUUAUUUCCUUGCACACAACAAAUAGCUCAAGGGAAGAAUGCUGAUAGAUCAACACUUUUGAAGACUACCCCAGAAAGCAAUUCCAAAUGCAACUCACCUUAUGAGGCGAACACUGAUCCACCCAUGAAAGAUUUACAGGGUUCUUCCAGUAAUCAAGCUACACCCGCCAAUCUGUCAGAUAAUGCUUCUGCUGGUAUCAUGACUUUGCCUGAAGAUUCCCAGAUUAGAGCAAAUAGAGAAGGAAAUGGCAUCACAAUCCCAUCCAGUCCAAAACUUACUGAAGCAACUAUGAAACGCAAUGCAGAAGACACUAAAAAAAACAAGGAGGUUCUGAAUGUUGACCUCACUCCCAAUGUUCCUAAACCAAUAGAUGGACAGAACGGUGAUCAGGUCUGCAACAGUGGUCCAUGUGAAGAAGCAGCUCCAAAAAGAAUUGUUAGAUCAACUUGUAAGAACAACAAAGGCAAACCUACUGCACAGGUUGGCAGUUCAGAUGUGAAAAUAGGUCGGAGAAAGCAAAUAAAGCUUCGACUGCUAUCAGAAAUUAUCAAUACUGAUCCAGCAGGGGGUUCUAGAACUGAUAUUGAAGUUAAUGCUGGAAAAGUUGCUGAUCCCUGUGAGGAUGAUAGGAGUACAGAUGAUGAUGUUUCUGUUAGCCAUCAGGCAGUGGGAGAAAUCAGUUUGGCAAAAGAGAAAGAGGUUGUAGAUGAUGAAUCUUCCCUGAUGAACUGGAUGAAGAGAAUUCCUAAGAAAUCAAGAACUGCGAAGAAAGAUUUAGAACAAAAGGAUUUCGAUUCUUCUGCUUCAAAAUCUACUGCAGAUUUAUUUGCCUCAAAGGAUACGCAUCAUGAUUUUCUAUCCUCGGGUUGGAAAUUGAGCAAGAAAAACGGCCUUCGUACUAUCAGUACUCAGCAAGGUGAUGAAAGUGUUCAGAAUAAUAAUAAUCUAGAGAGAAAUACACAAAGCGCAGAUGACAUGAGCCAAAUGGAAGCUGAUAACUCCAUUGAUAGGUCCUUAUUUAAGAAAAAAACCAUUAGUUUGAGUAAGAGGAAAAGGCCAUCAACUGCAAAUGUCCAGCAUGAUGGUGUUCUUCCUGUUAGCCGACAGGCGGUUGGAGUAAUCUCGUCAAAAACUGCUAAGAAGAAGAGAAAGUACAAAGGAGCUGAUGUUGUAGAUGAUGAGGGAUCUUCACUUAUGAACUGGAUGAAAAAGAUUCCCAAGAGAUUAAGAACUGAGAAAAGGGAUAUAGAACACAAGGAUUUUGAUUCUUCUGCUGCUAAUUCAGAGUAUACUGUGGAUAAGGUUGCUGCUAAAGAUGUCCACAACGGUUUUGUAUCGUCAGUUCAGAAACUGUGCCAGGAAAAAAUACUGUUUGCUACCAGUACUGGGGAUGGGGAAGGUGAUGAAAAUAGUCAGAACAAUAAUCUGGAGAGAAGUGUGCAUAACACAGAUGGCCCAGAUGGUAUAUGCCAAAUGGAAUCUGAGAACUGUAUACAGAGGUCCUUGUCAAAGGUUAAAAAGGUGAGUUUGAGUAAGAGGAACAUUCCUUCAACUGUCGAUGCCCAACAUGGCGAUCUAAACACUGAAAACAAUACUGGAAAGACAUCUAUACUCAGGACAGAUGAUCAAUGCCAAAUGGAAUCCAGAAACCCUGUGCAGCAGCGCCUGGCAAAGGUUUCUCCAGUUAAGCGUGGUAUCCGAAAUGUGACCGCUCUUGAGCAGAAGAUACCUAAGAAGAGAAAGAAACAAAAGCAACAACUGAUGUAUGAAAAACAGGCCAUAAUUGAUGACAUCCCAAUGGACAUUGUUGAACUGCUUCUGAGAAAUCAGGAUAAGAGACCGCUGAUAACUGAGACUGAUUCUUCUGAUAUUAGUCAUGAUAAAUCCAAGAUAGUGGAAGAUGAAGAUUGUACUGUAAUAGCUGCCGAGGAUGGUCCAGAUUUUGCAUCAAAUGUGAUUGACACUACUUCCCAGAAGAAGCCUUUGGCACCAGAUAGUUACCAGAAAGCAUCACGGGAAAGUGUAGCACCUACAACACAGGUUACCAAUAUGCAUGCUUUGAGAUUACAGACUCCUGGUUAUUUAAAGCCUACUCAGGAAUCACAGAGCACGGGAGAAUUAGUUACUAUUGCUGCGACCUCGCCACUAUUAUCACAGCAUAAGGAUCAGUCUAUUGCUGAAGCGCCAGCUGACUGCCGGAGCCAUAAGGGAGAAAAGAAGUUGACGUGGGAUUCUUUCGAGGCAGCUCCAAGGGAUUCAUCAACCUCAACAUGUCGUGCUCAGUUCAGAUCUAGCACUAACGCAGUUGAUUUAACUUCGAAUCAUGUGGCCGGAGCUUCUAAUAAUUACCAUCCCACUCACCAGCUAGUAAUUUCGUCACCUGACCACUAUACAGACAGAGCAGUUAACCCAGUCCAGGCAAGAACUUUUCCAAGUGCAAUGCCAACCAUGGAAGAUGGUAACUUGUAUGAUCUAAGAAAUGCUGGACAAUCAGGUUUUUAUCCAAGGGAAACCAUGCCUGCGACUCAUCUCCUGAGACUGACCGAUCCACAAAUGUUAGCCAGCUUUCCAAACUAUGAAGGGUCUAGCAGGAACCAGAUGGAAUUUCAACUUCGGAAUUCAUACUAUGCACAUAAUCAGUACAUGGGAUCAGCUGGCACAUCGUACGGAGCACAAAAUCAGUACAUGGGAUCAGCUAGCACAUCGUAUGGAAGUAACCUGAAUGGGAGUAAUGUAAAUGGCAUAGGAUCAGCUAGCACAUCGUAUGGAGCACACAAUCAGUACUUAAGAUCAGCUAGCCAGUCAUAUGGGAGUCACCUAAAUGGCAUAGGAUCAGCUAGCGCAUCGUAUGGAAGUAACCUAUAUGGAAAGGUUCCAUUGACAUUGGAAGAUUUAUCCCGGCCUGGGUUCCAGGAAAAUUUGCACAAACCGUUACGCCCACUUCCUAGGGUUGGUGUGCUCAGCUCCUUGUUGCAGAAGGAAAUUGCAAAUUUGCCGGAGAGCUGUGGGACACAGUAUGGUUACAGAAUAGGGGCGUCAAAAGGGAUGACAUCAUCGUUUGAUAUACAUAGAAGGGAAAAUGUUGAGGCCUUGAACGCAGGAAUGUAUUCAGCAACAUGGAAUGUGCUGCAGUUGGGUUCUGCUAGUUCCAGUCCAGGAUUUUCUUCAGUGAGGAAUGGUACAGCUAAAUCUUUGACAAGAGAUCAAGGGAGAAUGACCAGUCCCUUGGAUAGGCUCGUAAGACAGGAUAUCUGUGUAACCAACAGAAACCCAACUGAUUUUACUACAAUUAGUGAUGACAAUGAGUUUUUAAGGGAGGAUAUAUGAAGCAGACAGCCGGUGUGCAUACAUUCCAAGACAUUUACAAUGCUACAAGGCUCCUUGUAAGAUAUGGAAGCUCCCUUUUCUGGAUGGAAAGAUUACAGUUACCAUGGGCUCUCAAAUUGCAGCCCCCAGCUUAUGUAUGUAAUGUAAUAGGCGAAGAAGAAUUACCCUCCCGAGGUCGUGUGUAAGCCGGUGAACUAUCCUGACCUCGCGCUUGUUUUGUACAAGAGAGAAUGUGUCGGCUUUUGUUCGUAGUGUGGCUUGCAUGUUGUGUGAUUAGCACACGUUUUUUUUUUACCAAAUGUUGCGACAGAUUCAAUGGAUGGUUGGUUAGUGGUAAUGUCAGCAGGUUAGUUUAGCUGCCAGAUGUUGUAAACCACCAAGUUAUGGUUCACCAGUGGUAGUAUUGGCAUAAAAUUAGCAAUAGCUGCCAGAUGUUGUAAACUACCAAACUGCUGGUGUUUCACUUUUACAGAUGGUGCAGUACUGAGGAAAUUUAUCCUUUUAUGCA